AUGACGACCUUUGCACCGCUUCCCUUCGUUAAGGCGGGCGAAAACCUCGCACUAAAAGGCGGCGGUCCCAGCACGGAGGCGAGACAAAGCGACGCGCGCCGCCUCGGUGGGAAAAGGACAAUGGCCGAUGGCUUCCGGAUUAAUGCCCAUCUCGCCUCCCCUGCGGCGCGCUCACCUCCGAAACUGAUUCGGGCGCCGGCAUCGCAGUUUCAUUACGGUCUGUCGAAAACAAUCCACUCUAAAUAUCUAUUCUUGGGCGCGCACUCCGGAAUUACAUUAGUC